AUUAAUCAUCCUUCUUUCCUUUUUCUCUCGCUCGGUUCUGUUAUAGCUUGGCAUAGGUAGGUGUAUAAUAUAUAUUUAUAUGUAAAGUUUAUUUUUUUUUUAAAAAAAAAUCAGCUUUCUCAACAGUAAUGAUUUUCUCGUUAGGGGUAUCGUUGCUGAGGAAUCUGAGGCGUUUUGGUUGUGAAAAAGUGGCAGUUAUCAUUAUUAUAGCAUUAGAAAAACAACAACAGCUAGAAGAAGAAGAAGAAGGUCAUCACCAAAAGAACAAAAAGAGGAUACACGCUAUUGCUGCUGCACGAGUGCUUGAGUAAGAAGGGCAGAGACAAACAAGCCUUGGCCUUUGAUUGAUUUGAUCACCUAUCUUUUUCCCCGUUUUAUUUGGAAGUCUGUGUCUGUAUAUUUUCUUCUAUGUCUCAACCAAGACAAUUCCAUAUGGUGGGCGGUAACAAUCCAGGGCAGUUCAAUGACACAACUUUUACGAAAAUCUUUGUUGGUGGGUUGGCUUGGGAAACUCAAAGAGAUACCAUGAGGCGUUAUUUUGAGCAAUUUGGAGAGAUUCUUGAGGCUGUUGUGAUCACAGAUAAUAAUACUGGGAGAUCCAAGGGCUAUGGCUUUGUUACGUUUAAGGAUCCAGAGGCAGCCAUGAGAGCAUGUCAAAACCCUUCACCUGUCAUCGAUGGAAGGCGAACCAACUGCAAUCUUGCUGCAUUGGGUGCUCAAAAGACUCGUCCACCAAUUUCUCAACAUGGGGCAGGACGGUUUAGACCAUCACAUGGUCCUGGAUUGACGGCACCACCUGGCUACCAUGUUUCCUCCUCAAAUUAUAUCCAACAUCAACCUACUGGUCAAUAUUCAAUUCCAUACUCUGCUCAUGGGUAUACUGGAUAUUCACAAGAAGGCAUUUAUCCUCUGAACUAUUAUAACCUCUAUGGAGGUCAACAGUUUUCACCUUACUACGCUGCCGGGGCAUCGGUGACACCGGGGAUGUUUCAUAAUUUGUACCCACUUUAUGCUCAGUAUGCACAAAGUAAUCAAGCUCAUGGUUUUGGAGCUCAAUACCCGCAAAUCGUACAAUAUCCAUAUUUGCCUCAGCAGUAUAGCUCAACUGGUAUGCUAUCUCUUCCAUCUUCAACGUCCAUGGCAGCAACUACUACAGCAGGUAUUGCAGCAACAAUUGCAGAAACCGCAGCAUAUUUGCCUCAGCAGUAUAGCUCAACUGGUAUGUUAUCUGUUCCAUCUUCAACGUCCAUGGCAGCAACUACUACAGCAGGUAUUGCAGCAACAAUUGCAGAAACCGCAGCAUAUUUGCCUCAGCAGUAUAGCUCAACUGGUAUGUUAUCUGUUCCAUCUUCAACGUCCAUGGCAGCAACUACUACAGGUAUUGCAGCAACAAUUGCAGAAACCGCAGCAUAUUUGCCUCAGCAGUAUAGCUCAACUGCAGGUAUUGCAGCAACAAUUGCAGAAACCACAGCAGUAACAACGACAACACCUACAACAACAACAGCAACAACUGGGGUAGUGGCAGCAGUACCAGGUCCAUCACAAGCUCCCGAGACACCAACCUAAAAGAAACCACCGUGUUAGUUUGCGAUAGAUUUUUGUUGUGUCUUUUACGAGGGAAUUGAUAUCUUUCGAAAGGAACAUAAGCAAAGAGGAAACAUUUGUUGAUCAACUAGCAUAACAAGGAAUGGAACUCAGGUAAAUUCCAGACGGGAUUGUUCAAUCAAGGAACAGGCGUUUCAUACAUAAACCUAGUUCUACUAACCGUCUAGGAUUCAUUCUUCGUUCAAGUUCGGUAGGAUUGUUCUAUUACCAUCAUCAUCAUCUUCAGACAUCAACUCAUCACACACGUUUGGUCUUACGAGGAUAGGGAGUCGUUUAAUUACAUUGUUUAGGUUAGGGAGAACAAAAUCAUAUUAUUCAUGUAUUUGCAUGAGGUGGAAACCAAGUAUUGGCUUUGGAUUCCACCUUAGACGCUAAUUACUAGAUGAUUCUGUCUCGGUUGCAGAGAGCAUCCGAUGUUCAUAUUCGUAGCAAAGUGGUUCAAAAGAUUGAAUUUUGUAUCUUUGAACCCCAAGUUGAUUUAUUGGUCAAAGACAAAAGGGCGAGCUCGGAUAGCUCACCUAUUAACGUGUAA